UCCAGCAGGCGGAUAGAAGGGAGCUGGUGCGCACUGAGGCUCCACUUUUACGCAUCAGUUGUUCGUCUAGGCAUCCAUGCCGAGGAUACCUCCAAUCUGGAUUUUUUUUAAUGCCGAAUUAUUUUAUCUGUGUAUUUCGACAUAAGUAAGGUUUUAAGCAGGAAUCCAAAGUAGAGCAUACAUCAGCGGAGUGAGCGGAACAAGUGGACCCAGAAAAAGUUUCCGUCAUGGGAGCGCGCGGAUGGAGCUCAGCGCGUCUCGGGUUCGUCGUUUGUGGAUAUUUUGCGUUUUUCUGCGGGGAGGUUUUCCCUCAGGCUGAAGCGGGCUGCAGGGAGAGAGAGAGCCCAAACUGCUGCACCGGCCGGAACAAUGAAUGUUUUGAGUACACCAGGAGGAAAACUGUAUGCUACUGUGAUACCUACUGUCAGAAAACCAGAGACUGUUGCGAGGACUACCAGAGUGUGUGCCAAAUAUCCGCAGCCAUUGACUGUGUGGUGGGCUCCUGGGGUCCCUGGUCUUCAUGCACAUCACCAUGUAGUGUGGGCAGCACGGAGAGGAGUCGCCUGGUGUCUGUUCCUCCGAGAAACGGAGGCACGCCAUGUCCCGACCUCAAACAGCGCCGAGGAUGCUUCGGAAACAACACCACAUGCAGCACCGCGAAAGAGGUGGCAAUGAUCCUGCCUGAUUCUUUCAAGAGGAACUUCAAGGACCCGUGGAGGCGACCACACAUGCUGAUGAAGGAGGAGAAGGCCAGUUACUGUGUGUACAUGCGUGUAAAACAGGCCAGUGCAGUGUGUAAAUUCAAACUGAGUGCUCAGCUGGUGAGAGAGAGACUGGUCUGUGCAGAGUGUCAGAAUGAUGCCAUGUCAAAGUCAGACCGCUGUGGAGGCGACGGCCGAGAGAGCACCAGAACGUUCUGGUCAGCAGCCUUAGUCCCAGGGUGUCAUGGCUCCUGGGUGCGAGAGUCAUCUUCUGAGGGCUGCCGGUGCCCUCCCUCCUCUGUGCUCUUUGUGUGAGUC